CUUACACUGAAUCGUUUGUUAUUUGCCGCAUAAUAUUAAAUAUAAAUAGAAAAAUUUUAAUCACUGAAAAAUAAUGGAUGCUUUUUAUAAAUAUCGGUACAGUAUCAUCGCUGGAACUUUUGCUGCUGGUGGCAGUUUUUUUGGGAAAUUACCUACCUUUUUAGUGGAAAAACAAUACCUAUCACAUUUACCCCUCAACAAUUCUGCAUAUGCUACUUCCUUGGAAUAUGUGUUUCGUGUAUUGCCAAUUUUAUUAAUGAUUUUAUGUAAUGUUAUGAAUUGGAGAUAUUUUUUGAAAGCGUUGCAAACAGCCGAACAAACAAUAUUCGUAACCGUGCUUACAACCGCAACAAAUUAUAUUGUCUCGUUUGUUUUAGCUUCAUUCAUUUAUCAAGAAGUCAUCACCUUUUUAUCUACAAUUGGUACCACAUUUAUUAUUGGAGGGCUGUGGUUUUUGUGCAGUAGUCAAGAGAUAAAUAAAAAAUCCAAAUAAGAAGCAGUACUGGAUACUAAUUGGCAGUACAUGUUUAAAAAUAUAAAAGAAUUCCGAUUAUCAAAAUUAGUAGAGUAGCAAAAUCUAAUAAGAAAAACUGUGAUAAAAAGUACUUAUGCUGCUGUUUUAGCACUUUAAAGUGGUAACACACUAAAAACUAUUUACAAAAUUUUGAACUAUGACAAAUUACCGUAUUUUAGAUAUAUAAAAUAUAGUGCCAGCUCCCUUAAAUGAGCACCGAUGAAAUCAGCAAAGUCAGUUUGGUUAAAAAAAUUAUUAAUUUUAUGGAACGUACUACGUACGCAAAAUAGAAACUGAGGCCUAACAACAUUUCAAGGCUGAAAUAGAUGCCCAUAAAAAAGGGUUUUCAUAUUUAUAUACAGUCAAACCUCUCUAUAACGAAGUCGGUAAUGCCUGCAAAAAACUACGUUAUAGACAAAUUUUCUUUUAAUUGUCUUUUUUA